UCCGGGUUGAUUUCUUCCGUAACUUCAAUAACUUUAAUCAAAAGGUUUGCUCCUCAGGCAUCAGUUGUCGACCACAGAUCGACUCGAACGCGACAUUGCUCUUCGUUUCGACUCGAAUCUCUUUCCAUUUAAUCUCGAAACUUGUAAUUAUUCGAGAGAUAAUAUUUGUUAUCGUUUUUUUUUUUUUUAAAUUUUUCGAUAUUUCAUCGAUAAUAUUCUCCUUUCAUUAUUUGAUCCGUGAUUGAUUAUUUUGUUCUAAAAAAAAAAAGAAGAAAAAUUAGUGUUGAUUUAUUCGUACUCGUAUCACGUAUACUUGUGAUAUUUUAUCGAUAUUUGGGAAAUAAAGAUUGUGAAAUUUAUUCGUUAUUUUCAUAAAAGUUCUCGCGUGAUUCGACGAAUGAUGUAAACGCUGGUAUUGGAGUUUAAUCAGGAAGAGCGAAACUUGAAUUAGCCACGUGCUUCGCUGUGCUUCGUUAGUUCUUUUUUCGAUUGGAAGUGCGAUCGACCGGCAUAAAGAUGGAAGAGUCUCAAAGAUACGAAGAUCAUACCAUAUAUAAGACACGAUCACCCUGCAGCCUGCGAAAACUGAGAGACAUGGUGCCGGCAAGGGUGGUGCUCUAUAUGCUCUCCUUCUCGGGGUUCACGGUCUCGUUCAUGAUGAGGAACGAUAUCAAUAUCGCCAUGGUGGCGAUGGUGAAACCCCCAUCCAUGACAUCGGACACCAAUGUAACUAUGACGUCCCAGCAUUGCUACGUAACACCACCAACGGUUAUCAACAACAGCGUGCCGAUCAAACUUGAGGAUCAAGGGGAAUUUGAUUGGAGUCCAACCAUACAAUCCGCUAUUAGCGGUUCAUUCUAUUGGUGUUACAUACUGUCACAAGUAGUUGGUGGUGUGCUCACACAGUAUUUUGGCACAAAAGCUGUUUUCGGCGGUUCACAACUGAUCACUGCGAUCUGCAGUUUAUUGAUGCCUUCUGCAGCAGGAAUUCAUUAUGGAUUCAUGAUUGCGCUUCGCAGUAUACAGGGUGUCGCGAGUGGUCUCACAUGGCCCGCGAUGUACGCUAUUGUCGGACACUGGAUCCCGCCAGUGGAGAGGUCACGUUUCAUGUCUUCCUUCCAAGGAGAAGCGGAAGUUCGAAUGAGAAGCACAUUUUAUCCUAUAAGAAAAGAGAAAAAGAUAAACGAAAGCUCCACUUGGUUGCAUUCGCCGGAGCGAGGGGUAUACUCAUCAGCAACCGCUCAACAGCAUGAGAAAGGCCCGAGUAUACUUCCAGCUGGUAGAAUCAGCCGGGCAAUCGACAGCAACACGUUUUGGUUCAGCUUUGGCAUCGGGUUAACCUAUCCACUGUGCGGAUUCAUCAUUGCUCACUUCGGAUGGAGAGCCGUCUUUUAUACUACCGGCAGCAUCGGUAUGAUCUGGUGCUUUUUCUGGUACUUCUUCGCCUUCGACACGCCGGCCUCUCAUCCCAGAAUAUCCCAGCAGGAGCUACGAUACAUUCAAGGAAGUGUAGGGAAUCAAGUUAGAGACGAGAGUAUGCCAGUUCCGUGGAGAUUCAUUCUUACAUCCUGGCCAGCAUGGUCGAUCGGGAUAACCACGUUCGGCAGGAUCUGGGUGCAUUAUAUAUUCAUCAUCUCUGGACCAAUGUACAUGAAAACAGUUCUAGGAUUCAGCAUCCAAGCGAAUGGAGUACUGUCUGGUUUGCCAUUCAUCUGUAGUUAUUUCAGUUCUGUUGCAUUCUGCUAUAUAGCCGACGUUCUGAUCACACGACAAAUUUUGUCGUUGACGAAUGUCAGAAAAGUGUUCACCGCCUCUUCUCAAGUAGCUCCUGGUAUAAUGUUGGUGUUAAUUGGCUAUCUGGGCUGCGACAUCGUCCUCGUUUUAGUGGUCUGGUUCGUAGCCGUCACUCUUAUCACUGCUGCCUAUGCAGGAGCUAUGGCAAAUAUCGUCGAUAUAGCGCCAAAUUUUGCUGGACCAAUAUUGGCGUUUGCACAGACGAUUCAUAUGUCUGCUAGUUUCCUAUCUCCCAUCGUAGCUGGCCUCCUCACCCAAGAAAGCCAAGCCCUCGACGCAUGGAGGCAAGUAUUUGGGGUGACAGCUUGCGUCGCGUGCGCUACCUAUAUCGUUUAUCAAAUCUUUGGUACGGGUGAUGUCCAGCCGUGGAAUUAUCCUGAUCAAAAGUAUCCUCAAUCGGUACAAGAAGACUCUCAGCCUUUAAACGAAUCACCGCAAAAGAACGGAAAAAUUGUCACAUCUCUGUCAAACAUGUCCGAAGAAGCGUAACACAAUCGAUUUCUCUCGUUGAACGAAGAAAGAAAAAGCGCACGGGUUACGUGACAGCUAUUAUGAGUAUUUCUCCUUGGAUCUCGAGGAAAAGGCAAUCUAAAAUUAUAUAUACAUAUAUAUAUGUAUAAGUUUUCGACGUGAAAAUGUUUAUUUUUUUCUCUCUCUCUCUUUGUAUAUCUAUGUAAAUAGAGAUGGUAGUGUGUAAACGAGGAGGAGUUGAUAUAGCACUCAGGGUAAUAUAAGUAAUGUUGUAACGUUUCAAAGAAUAUUUUUAUGAGGACAGUCUCGGGUAACGAGCAAAACGCUUCGUUUAUUCGCCAAUUUUUGCGUUUGUGAAACGAAGUGAAAGCACAAAAAAAAAAAAAAAAUAAUGAUUGCGUUCCAUUUCUUACGAUCCGAGACGAUUAUUUGUCCACUUGCCGUCUCUGUGAUCAAACUUUUUUCUCUCUAUUUUCCAUCUAACAGGGUGGAAUGGAUCUUAUAGAACGUAGAGCACCAAAGCAACAGUUUUCAAGGCUGCAAUUUUUAACAAUUUUUAAUGUAUUUUUUUUUCUCAUUUUCAGAAAUAUCUCUCCGUGAAAUUCUAAAAAUUAGGAUCCAUAAAUUUGUUCAAUUAUUGAUUUUAAUAAUUUUCGAAGAUUUUUCAACAAAAGACUGAUCGAUUUCUUUCUGAUAUACACUCGUCCAAGUUUGGAAGCCGUUGCUCUUUGUGUUCUUUAUUUUUUCAAUAUCUCUCUAAUAUAAAUUAAUAUUUUAAAAAUGGUUUAAUUCAUAGGAUUCACGAUUUUUUUCCUUUUUUUUUCUUUUUUUCAUUAUUGCUAUUAUUGUUGCAUGCACUACACAUUGUUCGUAAAAUCUAAUAAGCUAUUAUAAUUAGUUUCUUUCUACAAUUUUGCCGGUGAUUUUAUUAACUUAUUAACUUAUUAAAUCGAUAUUUUAUCAACUUGUUAGAUGCGUAAGAAAGAAAAAGAGAAAAUCCAAAUACGCCGUAGAAUAGAAGUAGUGAAAUUUAUAAGAUGAAGAGAAAAAGACAGAUGAAUUAUAUAAGUAUACUAUACUAAAAAUUGAUGCCUUGCCUUAGUCACAAUUCUUUUUGAAUUCAUUGUAAGAGAACACGUAAUAUACUUACUUUAGUACUUAUAUUCUGCGAUAAAUAAGUCUCAUUGUUAUAUCAUUGUUAAUAUUUACUAGUCAUGUUUCGUUGAAAAAAAAAUUGAAUAUUUAUAUACUAUAAUGUCCAAAAAAAAAAAAAAAAAAAAAGAAAAAGAAAGAAACGUUACAUGAACAUAAAAUUUUUUCGUAGGUCAUCUAUUAGAACUAGAGUUCAUUUUUUCAACACAUUUCAUAAUUCCAUUCGUGUAAGGUACUAUUAAGAGACAAUGUUUUUUCAAGUAUUGUAAUUUUAAUUAUUUUUAUAUUGGCGUCGUUUAAAUAACGAUAAGUCAUGUUUUUUCUUCGUUUGUUAUUUAUAAGUAUAUAUUUUAAGUUACACACGGAUACUUAAUAGCAUGUACGGUGUUGUUAUGCUAAAAAUUAUAUACGUAUAUUGCGCAAAAUUCAAAAUGAAAAUGAAAAUCCUUUGCGUAAAUACAUGUACAAAAUGAACAUCUCUGGGCGCAUAAAGAGAAAGAUAAUAAUUUUUUCUUUCAUUUUAAAUCAGUGUUUAAUCAUAUGUAUAUGCAUUUUCGUAUUUUUUUUCUGUGCCAUCGAUGCGAUCUAAAAUUGUAAUUUCAGAAUUGUUUAAUUUCAAAUCGAAUCAAUAUACUUUUCUCUGAAGAUAUUUAUAAGCCACGAGCAUUUUUCAAGCAAACCGUAUAUUAUUUUGUAAUCGAAUCACCACUACAAAAUCUAUGCCACAGAGUUCUUGAUAUACGAAUAUAUGCAUAUAAGUAAAUGAAAAAAAUAUAUGAUACAUAUAUAAUUUCAGUAAACGCAUAGCAUUAUUGAUUGUUACACCUUACACGUGUAUCGAUACAAAAUUUCACAUUUAUUUAAUUCAUUUUAUUUAAUUUUAUUUAAAAUUAUAUUGUGUCACAAUUGUGCACAAUUUUUUUUGUCAUUUAUAUUUACAUUACAUUGUCAAUUACAUUAAUACCAACAAUUGUUUGCAUUAUGCAGAAUUAUCAAAAGUUGAUUCUUAGAUAAAUCUUAGAUGAUAUAAUGAAUACACUUUAACGUCAUUGGAUUCGAGGAAUAAUGUUUUUUUUUUUUUUUUUUUUUUUUAAAAACAAUCAAAUGA